CACUGCAAGACUAGGAAGACACAAACCAAUGCCUCCCAGCUCACUGUUUUUGGCAGACUCACUAUUUUUUUAAGGACUCCUUUUUCCUGGUUUCACCCUCUGGCUUCGCCCCAAGCUGCACCGAUAACCCCCGAGCACACCGCAACCGCUGUAACCUCUCCGGUGCUGGGCUGGGGUUAAUCACACCCCAUAGGGUGGGGAUGUUUUGCCCAAACUCGGGGCUCUCGAGGCUGAUGAGCUCACCGUGGAGCCCCAUCCACACCUGGCAGCCUUCGCACUCCUUCGCACGAAGCGGCUGCACUGGGCUCUGAGCAAGAGAAGGGCGAAAACGGAGCAGCCGGCAGAGCAGAAGGAAGUGCCGCCGGGGCCACUCCUCCACGCCAUUUCCUCCCUGCGCCUGGGUUUUUAUACGGAUGCGAGGGGCAGCGCGGCGGCUGGCCCGUCCGAGGCCUCAGCCUGGGCUGGGGCGACCAAAGGGGAGCACCGGCGGCCGGCCCCGAGGAGAGGCUGCGGGUCCCUGCGCUCCGCCCGGCCCCGUCCCCUGCAUGCCCUGCGGCCUCGCACGCAUUGAGCUCCGGUUGGUGAAAGCCUGGGGUUGGGUGGGCAGCUGGCUUUUGGGAUGUCUCGGAAAAAAAGAUGAUGUGAAUGUGCUCUAAGAACCAAGUGAGAUGGACGAAGAGCUGUCCUGUGAGAAGGUGGAUGGAGAAAUGCCCACUGCCAUGGGGGAUGUGGGAGGAGAGAUACCCAGUACUGAGAGUGAUACAAAAGGAGAGAUGUCCUGUGCUGAGAGUGAUACAAAAGGAGAGAUGUCCUGUGCCGAGAGUGAUGCGAAAGGAGAAAGGUCCUGUGCUGAGAGCGAUGCGAAGGGAGAGAUGCCCAGUGCCGAGAGCGAUGCAAAAGGAGACAUGUCCAGUGCUGAAAGCGAUGCAGAAGAAGAAGCCCCUUGUGCUGAGGGCAGAGUGGAAGGAGAGAUGCCCUGCACGGACAGUGAUGGGGAAGGAGAGAUGCCCUGUGCUGAGACUGAUGCAAGAGGAGAGGCACUGGGCUAUGAGAGCGAUGGGGAAGAAGGGCCUGAUACUGAAAACCCUGCCUCUUCAAAGAAAAUCUCUUUUAUUUCUUCUCCCUUGCGGGCAAUUGUCCGCCUUCGACGGCGAUACCAGGUGCAAAAGAAAAGCCGUCUGCAUUUAGAGCUCCCUCGAGAAAAAUCGUCAGAGCAUGUCCACACGCGGCUGCUCCAGAGGCAGUUUUCCCUGAACCGAUCCAGCCUGUACGGCUCCUCCAUGUCCUUCUUUAACCAGAGUGGCUUUGAAACGUCACAGUACUUCACCUUUGACACAUCUGUGGAGCAGCGUACAAUGAACAAAUCCAGGCGGAAAAAGAAACGAAGGAAAUCGCGGAUAGUCCUGUAUCCAGAUAAAACAAAAAGAUACCUUCCGACAGAGGAGAAGAGCAAUGCAAAGCGCUGCCUCCUCUUGCUCAUUGUCAUUAUCUUCUUCCAGAUUCUCAAUGCUAUCGAGAACCUGGAUGACAACCUCCAAAAAUACGACCUCGAUGGUUUAGAGAAAACAAUGCACCGGGAAGUAUUUGGGCAGAAGUUUGCUGUGGAAAGUAUUAUGGAACUGCUGAAGGACUAUCUGGCUACCCACAUACACAACAAGCCUCUAGUAAUUUCUUUAAAUGGCCCAACAGGGGUUGGGAAGAGUCAUGUUGGCUGGCUGCUGGCCAAACAUUUUCGUUCUGUCAUGGACAAUGACUUCGUGCUUCAGUACUUUGUUAUGCAUCACUGCCCAAACGGUGUGGCUCCUCUUACUUGCGAAAUAGAUUUGUCUAAGAAAAUUUCUGACAUGGUUACAAGAGCUGAAAUAGAAGAGAAGAUACCGUUGUUUAUUCUGGAUGAGGUUGAGCUCAUGUCUCCAGUCCUGCUGGAUACUCUCAGCCGAUUCUUUGAACCCAAUCAAACCAAUGAGUUCCUGAAUGCCAUCUACAUCUUAAUAAGCAACAUAGGAGGUGGCGAAAUAACCCAGUUUGUUAUCCAGAAUGCAUCUGCUGAACUUCUGCGUCAGCAGAGGGGAGCUGAAGAGCUGCUGCGCGUUGUCCAGCCUGUGCUGAUCCAUGCCCACCCUCUCUGGAAGUCUGCAGAUGUCAUCCCCUUCGUUCUCCUGGAGAAGAGCCACGUCAUCAACUGCUUCCUAGAGGAGAUGAGGAGGGAAGGGCUAUAUCCCGACCAGGACCACGUUGAGAAUUUAGCCAGCCAGCUCAGUUACUACACUACAGGUGACAAGCAGUACUCCAGGAUGGGCUGCAAGCAGGUCGUGGCCAAAGUCAACCUGCUGUAGUGACUUGCUGCAGAGACCAGAUCCUGUGCUCAGGAUUUACAAAAUUCUGGGCUUACAGAGGAGCGUUACAGCGGACUGUGGUCCAGGUGGCCUUCGGCCGCCUGCUCGGAGGCUGCCCUGGUUGAGGCAGUGGGAUGGCAGCCCGGGCUCCUCUGCGGCACGAUCGCUCUUCUCCAGAGGCCUCACUCGUUCCUGCUUUGCCGUGAACAAGGCAUGGUCAACAAAGCCCAAGCAGCCUCCCAGUAAUUUGGAGAUGCUUUGUUUGUUCCUCACGUGCUCAUUCAGGAUACUGGUCAUUAAAGAGUUGUGAGACGAGAACAGAUAUUGUGGGGAACAAGCCAAAGGGAACGAACCAUGACCCAUUUGGGUUUGCUGUCUCGGCAGCACAGGGAGCUGCAUCUCGCUCCUUCUCCAGGCUCAGUCUUCACCCCUUCGCUCUUCUUGAUCCCGACUGGUGUUGUGCAAGGCGGGUGGCUCUGCAGAGCAGAGGCAAUGCUGCCAGCAUUGGGGAUGCCUUGAGAAUGGAGAAUUUGGGGCUCCUCACCCCUAAAUGCCUGGGCAGUGAGAGCUCUGCCUUCUCCAUCUCCUACAUGACCGCACGUUCCUGAGGUUGCUUUGUAUUCUUGGACUGGUUCCCGAGCUGUUGCUCGGCUGAGCUCAUACCUGAGCUCACCUUUGGCACCUCCAGUGAGGUUUCUGCCCUGCGAGUCUGUCUGGGCUUGCCUUGAAGGCUGCUUGGCUGUGCCAGCCAGGGCAGAAAGCACUGCUGGAGUGGUUAGGGUCUGGUGCAGGCAACUUGUCCUGAGAGCUCUUCUGCUUUUCGCUCCUGGGUACACUUCACCGUGCUCAUUAUCUAGAAAGCCCAAAAUAGCAACUGGCAGAUAUUAAGCAACACAUACUGGAAAAGACAAUUUGGGCUGUCUGGGCCAAGGGCAGUGAGAUCCUGGGCCCGUUCCCAGUGCUGCAAGGCCAAAAAGAGGUUCUAUACCACUGAGACCCCAUGGAGAGCAUGUGGCCUGGAAGCAACUCAAGAAGAGCACAGGUCCUUGUUUUGAGCAGGCAAAUGGAGCAGGUAUUUAUGGCAUUGCUUUUUCAGGUUUGGUUUUAUGCCCAGAUCCCUUUCUACAGUUUGCUGUGAAUUAUCAUAUACAUAAUCCUGUGGAUGUUUGCACUGGUUGUUUGAUUUGCCUCUUUCUAACUGUUGGUCUCCAAAGACUUCCGUCACAAACUCCUGCUUCCAGAACUAUUGUCAGGAAUAAAUACAAACUGUCCUGAAUAAAAUCACUCAAAGUACUUUUCCUCUAUUUCACUGAAA